UAAGAUGGCUCUGAAGAUCCUGCUUCCUGGUGUUCACACCCUCUGAAACUGCCUCCGCUUGAGUGUGGGCUGGACCCAGGGCCUUCCUUCUAACAAAGAGAAUGUGGCAAAAGUGAUGGGAUGUCAAAAAAUAUUCUGGCUCCUGUCUUGCUCGUUCUCUCCUCUCGUUUGCUUGCUCUGAUCUGUGAGCUGCCCUAUGGAGAGGCCCACAUAGCAAGGAACUGAGGAAGGUGUCCAACUAACAGCCAACAAGGAACCGAGUCCCUCAAUCCGAUAACCCAGGAGCAACUGGAUCCUGUUAAUAUAACCACUUGAGUGACUGUGGAAGCAGAUCCUCCCCGAGUUGAACCUUGAGAUGACUGCAGCCUUGUGAGAGACCCAGAGUCAGAGGACUCAGCUAUGCCAUACCCAGAUUCCUGACCCACACAAACUAAAGGUAUGAGUGGCUUUUCCAAAUUAAUCACAGAAGCAAUCUCUGAAUGACCUGAAAUCUGAAGAUUGAGUCUUCUGGAAAAGAAAAUAAAGGGAGAUUUGCCUUGGCUCCAACAAAUCGGACCUUAUCAGAAUCAUUUCUAGAAAUUGAAACCUCAGACUUUGCAAGAUGUACCUCAGUGCUGCAUAUCACCGCAUACCUCUAAGUGAUGGAAACAGCAUUCCUAUCAUCGGACUUGGUACCUACUCAGAACCUAGAUUGACCCCUAAGGGGACCUGUGCAAGAUCAGUGAAAAUUGCCAUUGACACGGGGUACCGGCACAUUGAUGGCGCCUACCUCUACCAGAACGAGCACGAAGUGGGGGAGGCCAUCAGGGAGAAGAUAGCAGAAGGAAAGGUGCAGAGGCAGGAUAUCUUCUACUGCGGAAAGCUGUGGGCUACACAUCAUGACCCACAGAUGGUCCGCCCAACUCUGGAGAGGACGCUCAAGGACCUCCAGCUAGAUUAUGUGGAUCUUUACAUCAUUGAAAUACCUAUGGCUUUUAAGCCUGGAGAUGAAUUCUAUCCUAAAGAUGAAAAUGGCAAAUGGUUAUAUCACAAGUCAAAUCUGUGUGCCACUUGGGAGGCUUUAGAAGCUUGCAAAGAUGCUGGCUUGGUGAAAUCCCUCGGUGUAUCCAAUUUUAACCGUAGGCAGCUGGAGCUCAUUCUGAACAAACCAGGACUUAAGCAUAAGCCAGUCAGCAACCAGGUUGAAUGCCAUCCAUAUUUCACCCAGCCAAAACUCUUGAAAUUUUGCCAACAACAUGACAUUGUCAUUAUUGCAUACAGCCCUUUGGGGACCUCUAGGAAUCCAUCCUGGGUGAAUGUGUCUUCCCCACCUUUGUUAAAGGAUGCACUUCUAAACUCACUGGGGAAAAAAUACAAUAAGACAGCAGCUCAAGUUGUUUUGCGUUUCAACAUCCAGCGAGGAGUGGUUGUCAUUCCUAAAAGCUUUAACCCUGAAAGGAUCAAAGAAAACUUUCAAAUCUUUGACUUUUCUCUCACUGAAGAAGAAAUGAAGGGCAUUGAAGACUUGAAUAAAAAUGUCCGCUUCGUGGAAAUGCUCAUGUGGUGUGACCAUCCUGAAUACCCAUUUCAUGAGGAAUACUGACUUCAGAGAGCUCCGCAACAGAUAUUUUCCCUCCUAUAUGUGCCAGG